UAAAUGGACUAAUGGAGAAAACAAAAGCACAUUUUCUGACUAACACAGACACUAUAUAAUUACAUUCACAUCGCACAACUUUCUCUGUUAGCAUCUUAAACUCGAACCACACGCUUGGUGAAGUCAAUUUUCGAUGGAUAAUUGUGGGGGACCCGUUAAAACCAAGUCAACCCAUGGUCUAUACAAUAGACGGCCCCUAUUGGGUUCAUGAAUACACACGGUGCACUAGAGUGCACCUUAUAACUCAGCAGAACGAUCGUCCCAUCAGAAAUCUCGUCGCAGAUGUACGUCAAGAUUUUGUUUCAGAAAUCAAAUCAGAACCCGAAGCCGAAAUAAGACCCCAAAAAGUGCAUGUCAACCCUCGCAAGACAUAUGACUAGAGAGAGAACCCAGAGAGAUUAUACAUCACAGUGCAAAACAAUGUCAGACUUCGAACCACUCAAAGAGAGAGAGAGAGAGAGAGAGAGAGAGCCAAUAGAAGCAAGAGUUGUAAUUAUUAUGAAUGUAUUGUAUUGUUAAGUAAGUAAAGUCUGUACGAAAAAUAAAUACUAGAGCGAAACACUAAGCAUCAUUACGUAUUGGCUUCGCCAGUGGGUUUUCAAUUCACAGAAGAAUCCAAUAUUGAGCAACCGUUACGUCCCACGCGUCCAGCGUUACUCUUCUCUAUUUCUGGGCCUAUUUACUGUUGCUUAAUUUCAAGCUUAUCUUGGAAAUCAUCAUCUACUUGUUUCUUUACUGUCAUCAUUAUUGUUAUUGUUAGGCUGCUUGCUCUUAGCUGUCUCAAUUACUCAUAAUCGAAACUAUACUUCUUCUGUGCUUGGAUUUUUCCGGCGAGGCUGUGAAGGAGUCGUCGCCGGGGAGAUGUCGCCGGUGGCGAAAGGUGAGAGCUCGAGGGGGUUGCAGGGUGUGCAUUAUUAUCCUGCACCGCUUUCGUCUCAUGAUGAAAUUGUUAAGGAUUCUGUUGUUUUCUGGGACACUCUCAGACGCUUCCACUUUAUGAUGAAUACCAGGUUUAUGAUUCCUGUGAUUGGAGGAAAGGAGCUAGAUUUGCACUUGUUGUACGUGGAGGUAACAAGGAGGGGUGGAUAUGAGAAGGUUGUUGAAGAGAAGAAAUGGAGGGAAGUGGGUAAUAUUUUCAUGUUCUCCCCAACAACAACAAGUGCUUCUUUUGUGUUGAGGAAGCACUACAGAAGUCUUCUCUUCAGUUAUGAACAAGUUCACUGCUUUAAGAAGCAGGGUCCUAUAUGUUCCCCUUCAGCGCCGGCUCCAGUUGCCUUUUCCAUUAGUAAUCGGAACUACUCAGACAAACCUGAACUGGGUCUGGUGGAAUAUUCCUCCAAAAUGCCGAAACCGGCCAAACCCAUCAGAGAUUGUCCGGUUCCGGGUUCUGAAGGAACAAUUACUGGGAAGUUUGAUUGUGGCUAUUUGGUAACUGUGAGGUUGGGUUCGGAGGUUCUCAAUGGAGUACUAUACCAUCCUGAGGAGCCAGUUCUGUCUGAUGCAAGCCCUGAACCAAUCAAUUUCAGAGUACCGGACACCAAAAGAUCAUGUCGUCGUUCUGGCUUGAAAAGGAGGAGUAGAAGAAGGGAAGACCCCAAUCAUCCGAAACCUAAUCGGAGCGGCUAUAAUUUCUUCUUUGCUGAGAAGCAUUGCAAGUUCAAGUCCCUCUACCCAAACAGAGAAAGAGAGUUUACAAAGAUGAUAGGGGAGUCUUGGAGCAAUCUCACCGCAGAAGACAGGAUGGUUUACCAGAAUAUUGGGGUGAAAGACAAGGAGAGAUACAAGAGAGAACUUGAAGAGUACAAGGAAAAGAAGAAGCUCAGGCAGACCACGGAAGUUAACAGAGACACAGAGUUGAUUAGUAAAGCUAAAAAAGAGAGCCAAUAGAGGAAUUCAACUCAAGAGAGAAGAGCUUGUGAUCAUUGGAUUCUAUGUAUAGCAAAAUGUAGGAUCUAGUUUAAUUUAGGCACAAGUUGUCGUAAGGGAAUUCUAUGCAACUCCUUUCUGGUUUCUAAUUUACUAAUCUGAAGGAGCUCACUAGGAAAAGGCGAUAAAUUCUUCAUUUUAUUGCAAAUUGCGUUGAGUUAAUUUAUUAUA